AUGACGUCUACUGAAUUAACCACCUCUCUCUCUCUCUUUUUUAAGCUAAUAGAUGGUUGCACGCCUCAGCAGAAGGAAGAACUGGGAAUUAUGACCCCAGAUUACUACUACUAUCUGAACCAGUCUGGAACAUACAAGGUGGAUGGAACUAAUGAUAGCAAGGACUUCCAAGAAACCAUGGAAGCCAUGCAGGUGAUCGGCAUACCGGAGAUAUUUCAGAAACAGGUGCUGCAGAUUGUAGCAGGCAUCUUACAUCUGGGCGCUGUCAGUUUCAUUGAGGCGGGAAACUAUGCGCAGGUGGAGAGCACGGACUUACUGGCGUUCCCUGCAUACCUGCUGGGUAUCGACCAAAACCGUCUACAGGAGAAGCUCACCAGCAGGAAAAUGGACUCCAAAUGGGGUGGUAAAUCUGAAACCAUCGAUGUGACUCUGAAUAGAGAACAAGCGAACUACACGCGGGAUGCUCUCUCCAAAGCACUCUACGCCCGUCUGUUUGACUACCUGGUUGAGGCAAUAAAUAAAGCCAUGCAGAAACCCAUUGAGGAGCUCAGUGUUGGUGUUCUGGAUAUUUAUGGAUUUGAAAUUUUCCAGAGGAAUGGUUUCGAGCAGUUCUGUAUCAACUUUGUGAAUGAAAAGUUGCAGCAGAUCUUUAUUGAGCUGACACUGAAAGCAGAACAGGAAGAGUAUGUACAGGAAGGCAUCAAAUGGACACCCAUAGAAUACUUUAACAACAAAAUUGUGUGUGACUUAAUAGAAAAUAAACUGAAUCCUCCCGGCAUCAUGAGUGUGCUGGAUGAUGUGUGCGCUACCAUGCACGCCAAAGGAGAUGGUGCUGAUAUGACUCUGCUUCAGAAGCUACAGGCUGCGGUGGGGACACACGAGCACUUCAACAACUGGAACUCUGGUUUCGUCAUUCACCACUACGCUGGCAAGGUGUCGUAUGAUAUCAGUGGUUUCUGUGAGCGAAACAGAGACGUGCUUUUCCCUGACCUCAUAGAACUGAUGCAAAGCAGCCAAUUCGACUUCAUUCGGAGCCUCUUCCCAGAAAACCUUAACACGGAUAAGAAAGGUAGACCAACCACUGCCAGCUCGAAGAUCAAAAGACAAGCCAACGAGUUGGUUAGCACACUGAUGAAGUGCACACCGCACUACAUCCGCUGCAUCAAACCCAACGAGACCAAGAGGCCCAAAGACUGGGAGGAGAGCAGAGCGAAACAUCAGGUGGAAUAUUUGGGCUUGAGGGAAAAUAUUAGGGUACGGCGUGCUGGCUAUGCUUAUCGUAGAAUCUUCCAGAAGUUUUUACAGAGGUAUGCCAUUCUAACAGCAGAGACGUGGCCAAAUUGGCGAGGUGCGGAACAGCAGGGCGUUUUGCACCUCUUGCGUUCUGUUAACAUGGACACGGAUCAGUACCAAAUGGGCCGCACCAAAGUCUUCAUCAAGAAUCCAGAGUCGCUAUUUUUGCUGGAGGAGAUGCGAGAGAGGAAGUUUGAUACGUUCGCUAGAACCAUCCAGAAGGCAUGGAGGAAAUUCAUCGCCAGGAGGAAAUAUGAACAGAUGCGAGAGGAGGCCUCUGAUAUACUGUAUAACUUUAAAGAACGACGUAGGAAUAGUAUAAACCGGAACUUUGUGGGCGAUUACCUUGGCAUGGAAGAGAGACCUGAACUCCGGCAGUUCAUGGCCAAGAGGGAGCGAGUCGACUUUGCAGACUCGGUCAACAAGUUUGACCGUAGAUUCAAGUCCAUCAAGAGGGAUUUAAUACUGACACCGAAAUCCAUCUACCUAAUCGGUCGGGAAAAGAUAAAGAAAGGACCAGAGAAAGGCCAGAUAAAGGAAGUUCUGAAAAGAAAGCUGGACAUUGGAAGUGUCCGUUCAGUCUCUUUGAGCACAAUGCAAGAUGACUUCUUCAUCCUUCAUGAGAAUGAGUAUGACAGUCUUCUGGAGUCCACAUUUAAGACUGAGUUCCUCAGUCUGCUUUGCAAGCGUUACGAGGAGCAGACCCGAAACAAACUCUCACUGUCCUUCAGCGACAGGCUGGAGUUCCGAGUGAAGAAGGAGGGCUGGGGAGGAGGCGGCACACGUGUGGUGGUUUUCCAGAGGGGACAGACUGAUUUAGCCGUCAUCAAACCUGGAGGAAAGACCCUCACUAUCUCUAUAGGAGAUGGGCUACCAAAGACAUCCAAGCCAACCAGGAAAGGCAUGCCACAGAGUCAUGGAGGAAGAAACCAGCCACGACAAAGAGGGGGCCAUCAGAACGGGGCAGCACAGUUUGCCCGGGCUGGGACUCAACAGCGCCAUCAGCCGCAGCAGCAGAAGGAAGUGACAUACUCUACACCAAUGAGGAACCCUCCACCCAGCAAUGCUCUUCCUAAACUGGGAUCGCAGAAGAAUCGAAGAGGCUCCAGGCAGGCCCCGAAUCAGUCCACAAACCUCGACUUCCUCAAUGUGCCUGAUCAGGGCAUGUCAGGAAUGCAGCGGAAAAGGAGCAUCGGCCAACGGCCUCCACCGGCCCCCUCUAGCCGUCCCAAACCUCAGCCCCGACCACAGGGCCCUCGCUGCAGAGCGCUUUACCAGUAUUUUGGCCAAGAUGUGGAUGAAAUUAGCUUUGAUGUCAAUGACAUCAUAGACCUUAUCAAUGAAGAUCCGUCAGGGUGGUGGCGAGGGCGGAUUCGUGGGAAGGAGGGUCUCUUUCCUGGGAACUAUGUGGAGAAGAUCUGACCUGAUGAACCUGCACCAUGACUUUUUACCUCUUAACCUCCACUAGAUCAUGGAAUCUCUUAGGCUAUGGGAAUUUUUUACUCAAGCCAGUGACGAGAUCAGUGACUUGUCACCAUUUUGUAGUAUUUGUGCAGAAUUUUAUGACAUUUUUGUGUAAUUAGUUGUUUUAAAUAGACAAAUGUAUUGGUACAGUUUUCAGGCUAAGAGAGAGUAUACACUGUUUACAAAGACUCUGCACUGUCCACAAAUGACCACUUGACUGCGCUGUUGUGCAAUUUGAAAGAUUUUCAAAAACUUUCUUUUUUCAAAGGGAAGCAGAACAAUCACAGCUUUUCCCUUACUCUGUGUCUAAUGUACUGAAAACUAUAUGUAAAAAAAAUAAGAAAACAUUUUAUAUGCAUCAAUUUUUAUGCUUCUUUUUAUCUGUCUUUUGUGUAAAAUCUCCAAUGAUAAAAAGUAUAAACUGAUGUCUGAUACUAACAGUAUUAAAGAGAGCUUUGUUUAACAGA